AUGGGCCGCUACGAACUCGAGUAUCCCAAGGACGCGACCAACCUCGUCAAGCGUCAUGGCGAGCGAGGCAUCUAUGCGCUGGAAAAGAUCCACGGCCUCAUCAACGGCAGCCAGCUGCUGCACGUCUCCCUCAACCCGCCGGGGUCGCCCUUCCCCCUCACCCUGCCCAUGAUCGGGCAGAUGGGCUCCUUCGACCGCCCGAGCGCCUCGCUCGGCGACCCGCUGGACCUGUACAUCCACGGGUACGUCUCGGCGCGCAUGUUCAACGUCGGCCGCGACGCCGGCGCCGAGGGCGUCCCCGUCUGCGUCGCCGCCUCCCACGUCGACGGCCUCGUCCUCGCCCUCUCCGCCUUCAACCACUCCUACAACUACCGCUCCGCCGUGCUCUUCGGCCACGCCGUCCUCGUCACCGACGAGGCCGAGAAGAUGUACGCCAUGGAGCUCAUCACCGACAGCGUCGUGCCCAAGCGCUGGCGCAACAGCCGCCUGCCCCCGACCGGCGCCGAGAUGCAGAGCACCAGCAUCCUCCGCGUCAAGAUCGCGUCCGGCAGCGCGAAGUUCCGCGACGGCGGUGUCGCCGACGACAAGCACGACCUCGAGAACGAGGAGGCCCUCAACAGCAUCUGGACCGGCGUCGUGCCCAUGUACGCCACCAUGGGCGAGCCUGUCCCCAGCGGGCACAACCGCAUCGACCUGCCCAAGUAUGCGUCCGAUUUUUUCGACGACUUUAGCAGGGACAACAAGGAGCUGGCGAUCAAUGCUGCCAACAAGAAGUCGGAAUAG